AUGGGAGACACUCAGUCUGCGCAACGGGAGGGCAAGAAGGAUGCAGCGGCUGAGGAGGAGAGCGGAGUGGAUGAUGCUCAGCCUGAGCAGCAUAUUGAAGAGAAGCCUCUAAAAAACAAUGGGCAGAUCUCCGAGAUCAACGAAAAGGCAGAUGAUUCGAUAGCAGAAGUUAAUGGUUACUGUGGGGAUGAGUUUGCUGCAGAGGCUGCCCCCUGUCAAAAUGAAGAUGUUUCAGAAACAGAAAAGUCACUUAAAGAGACAGAAACACCAUCAGAAAAUGUCAACAUUAUUGAGAAUGAAUCACCUAAUGAUGCUGAUGCUAACGAAGAAGUAACCAUGGAAAUGACAGACAUGGAGGCAAAGCAGAAUGACAUCAAUGAAGGUUUUAGGAAAUUCUUCAGUAACAUUGGUUUGAAAUUGACAGUAAAGAGAGGUUCAGGAGAAAAAAGUGACAUAGCAACAGAUGUGCCUGUUGAGAGCAACACGGAAGAAUCAACAGGUGAUGUCGAGGACAUCGCUACCGAAGCCAAAAGUGAAAGUGAUGAACUGAAUACUGAUAUGAACAUAGCACAGGAGACUAAUGAUAAUGAUUCAACAUGUCCUACCCUGACAUAUGUUACAUCCAAUGAUGUUCUGGAAGAUGCAGAGGAAAAAGCAACAGAAGCCAAAGAAGAAGCGUCAUCUGAUAUUGCAGAUACAGCUACAAGUUCACCUGAAUCUGAAGAUGAAAAAACAAACCAGGAUGCAACACCUGAAGAGCCACAUACCACAUCUUCACUUAGUCCUGAUCAAGAUGUAGUUGUAUCUCCAAUUAAAAGGUUUUUUACAACUGGAAUCUUUUCUGGACUACGGAAAAAGAAGAAGACUGCAGAAGAUGAGACAACUGAGAAAGAACUGGUGGACAUGGGGAAAAAGGAGGCUGUAGAUGCGACAGAGGAUAAAAAAGAGAUUAGUCUAGGUGUUGAGGCAGCGGCAGUUGAGACAGAAAACAAAGAAAACUUGCCAGCAGCAUCGGCUCAGCCCGAAAUUGGAGAAAAUGAGCUAGAAGAGAAAUUACCUCCUGCAGAUUCAUCAACUGUAAUUGUCAGUGAGCCUGAAAUUCUGAGUUCUCAAGAGAAGGACAAAGUUCAGGCUAGUCCUCUAAAAAGGCUCUUGUCAGGGUCUAGUUUAAAGAAACUCUCCAAAAAGCAGAGAAGCAGGACAUCAAGUGAUGCAAAACUGUCUGACUCUGGAGAACACGUUUCAGAUCAUGUCCUGUCAUCUACCGAGUCAGCAGAGCACCAGAAAGAGGAAAGUCUGGUACAACCCUGUGCAGAGGCAGCAGGAGAGGAGGAUGGUGCAUGGGCCUCCUUCAAAAAACUUGUGACUCCGAAAAAGCGAAUGAAGAAGUCCUCCUUGAGCAGUGAAGACACACCAAUCCCAGGCUCAGAGGAGCCAAAGCCAAGUGAAGGAGAGCAAAUAUCAGAUCGCAGCACAGAAGAGAGCAAAAAAAGGAAAGAUUCGUCUGUUUCAUGGGAAGCUGUUUUGUGUGGAUCUGGCAGAAGAAGGAGCCGGAAAACAUCCGACUCUGAGGACGAAACACCUCAAAGUGAGAACGACGAUGCAAAGCAAGGUGCUGAAUCGCCUUUAGAAAGUUCCAAUGAGGCUGAUGAGAUUUUAGCCUCAUCCCCAAAACAAGCAGGAAGUCCUUCCGAGGGUGAUGGAGGGUCAACAUGGAAAUCAUUUAAAAAACGUAUCACCCCCAAAAGGAAAGGCAAGAAUGAGGAAGAAAGCAAAGAUAAUAUUCAUUCUGACGGUGAAGUUGCUCAAGAUGAAUCCUCUUACCGAAAAAAGAGAAAGUCUGCCGAAAAGCAAGACCAAGUGUCUUCGGAUGAGGCUGAUAAGGACGUAGCUUCAGGUGAUGAGGACUCUGAGACACCAGCUGUGGUUCCAUUGUCAGAGUUUGAUACAGUUGAGACGGAUGUUGUCAUACAAUCACAGGCAGAUGUAGAAAGUCAUGUACCCAAGGAAGCAGACAAUGAACCCAAGCAAGACCUCAUUGAUGAGAUGGCUGAGCCUGUCCUACCCUGUGAUGAUCUGCAGACUGAAGGAAAGAAAGUCCAAGACAAUGAUGAUGCUUUAGAAAAUCAGGCACCUACCACCUCUGCCACAAAUGAAGAAGAAGAUGAUGACCUUAAAUCAAUUAGUAAACAUCAACAACUCAGUGAUAUCCCAGAGGAGGGUGCAAUUACAGAGACCAUGGGCACACCAGCUUCAGUAACUGAAGAGGCAGCUAGAGACGACACUAUAGCAGAGGACUUGAUAGAAAUCACGUCAGAGGCCAUUACUGCACCAGAGCCUUUAGACACUACCCUGGCAGAUGAAACUGAGAUGAUCUCUGCAGUUUCCCAGCUAUCAGAGUCUUCUAAAACAUCUGGCAACACUACACCAGUCCCAGCAGAGUAUGACGUCAAGGAAACAGACACACUUCUCCACCAGGUUGUGGAAACCAUCACCACAACGUCAAAUGGAAAUGUGGUCCCAGUGUGUUCAGAUGAAAUGAGCGCAGAAAGAAUAGUUGGUUCUGUCUUGCAUCAAGUACUUGAAACAUUUGAAACAGAGGAGCCAAAACUCCUGGAAAUACAUAGAAAAUCAAGUGCAAGUGCCAUAAACACAGGUCUAAAUGUGAAAGAACUGGAAGCAGUAAAUAACUUUGCAGCAACAGCCCAAACGGAGUGCAUAUCUGAAAUCACUGAAGCUGUUUCUACAGAAAUUGUAUCUGAGGUUCCUACUGAGGAGUUUGACAAGGCUGACAUUGAUGUAGAUGAAGUUCAUGAGGUCCACAUUUCACAGCCAGAGCUAAUAGUUGGCGCAAAUGAAACUGAAAUAGAGCUAAAAAUGAAAUCCCAAGAAGCAGAAUCAGCUGCUACAGAAGUGGAAGAAACUAAGGAUGAAGCUAUUGAGCAGGAACUACAGUUGGAAACAAAAGAUGAAAAUGUACAGAGUAUCACUAAUCAAGCUGAAGCUGAGGUUGAUUCAGCUGUUGUGUUGGAGGAAUUACAGGCUUUACCAACUUUAAAAGAAGACACAAUAGAUUUAGAGGAAGGUCGUGAUCAAACGCUUGAAAAUGAAGUAACAUCAGAGGACAUUACAACAGUCGAAACAGCAACAGAGGAAACCAAAGAGGAAACAGCGCCUCUCACUGGAGUCAGUGUUGAGCCAAUAGAUCUAUCAAAAGCUGAACAUGAAGAACCAGUAGAAGUAGAGGCUGUAGAUGCAUCAAAAUUCGAUUCAGAAGAUGGUAUUGUCGAAUCACUUAUAAAGGAAGAAAAAUCAGAGGACAUUUCAGCAGAAGAAACAGCAACAGAGGAAAUCAAAGAGGAAACAGCGCCUCUCACUGGAGUCAGUGUUGAGCCAGUAGAUCUAUCAAAAGCUGAACACGAAGAACCAGUAGAAGUAGAGGCUGUAGAUGCAUCAAAAUUCGAUUCAGAAGAUGGUAGUGUCGAAUCACUUAUAAAGAAAGAAAAAUCAGAGGACAUUUCAGCAGAAGAAACAGUUACAGAAGAACCAAAAGAGGCAACUGAAGCCAGUGUCGAGUCAGAAGUAGUGCAAGUCGAAGCUGCCAAAACUGAACACGACCAAGAACAAGAACUAUUACCAUGUGAUGUAAAAGAUACUAUGACUGAAACAGAAACUGGGGCAGAAGCUCCAACGUCUGAACAAGAAGUUACAGAAAGUGUUGAAGAGGGUAGUGCUCAGGAACUUGAAGAACAAACACUGUUAGCAGAAGAAAUUCCCAAACCAGAAACAGAGGAUGUCAUUGCUUCAGAGGAAAUUGUGAAUGAAGAUGUGGCAAAACUGGACCAGUCAUUAGAGAUAAACCAAGAGCAGCAAACUCAGGACACCACUGAUGAUGUCCCACGAGAUGUUCAGGUUGAGGAGGAAGACCAAACCCCUGAAGCUGUAGAUGAGUUACAAACAAUAACAGCUGUUCAUGUGUCUGCUGUUAAUGAGGAAACAAGUACUGCUCAGGUCGUAGAAAAGACAGUGAAUUCUGAGGAACCUCCACUACUUUGUGGGGAUAUUCCUGCAGUUACAGAGGAAGUCAAACACGAGGUGCUUAUUAGUGAAGUGCAAGAAAGUGUUGAGGGAGAAAAAGAAGGUAAACUUCAAGGAGCUGAGAUGAAGACUGUUGACGUUGAACAUGCAGCACUGGUGGAAGUAAGCACAUGUGAUGUUAGUGAUGUCUCAGCUGCAACACCUGAUGUUUUGAUCGAGCAAAAAUUAGGCAUUGAUGAACCCUUACUUGAAACAGUGGCAAAUGAACAAGAGUUCAAGGACCAAAUUGAGACUGCAACACCUUUAAUGAAAGAUGAUGAGGCUGAGAUAGCACAAGAAGGCAGUAUGGUUGUGAUGAUGCACGUGCCAUUGGUAGAACUUGAGGACAACCACAGUAUUCAAGUGGAGGUGGUCGAUGUCCAUAUCAAAUCAGCUGAUACAAUUGUGGACACAGUGCUGGAGGUAGUAGUGACAGAAGACAAAGAAAUCAUAGAUCUUUGUCAUGAAACUGUGAAAAAAGUAGAUAAUCUCUCUGCCAUUUCAGAGAUUGAAGAAGAACUAAUUAACGAGGAAAUCAAGGUGACCAUUCAAGAAGUUAUUCAACAUGUGAAGGAGAAGUUACCAGAGACACUACCUGAAUCUGUAGAUGUUCAUUCCAAUGUUCAGAAUGAAGAUGUCAACGUGGAGCAAGAAGUUAUAAAACAGCCAAAUGAUGCGAUAGUCGAAAGUGUAUUAAGUGAAGUGGAUGAUCAAAAAGAGAUGGAGGGGAGUACUGAAAAAUCAAGUGAGAGACAAGAAGAAGGGCUUGUUAUCACAGGUGAUACCUCUGCAAUUACGAGUGACCAACAAGUGUCUGAGGAUAUCAUGCAAACACCUGAUAUUCCAGGAGGUUCAGAUGUCUCUAUACAAUCUCACAAGGAGGAUUUGGAGGAAACUAAAGCUGAACUUCAAAAAUCAGAAGUAGCCGUUACAGCAGAAGAUGCAAAAUGCUCAUCAGAGGAUUUAUUUAUCAAGACAGUCAAUGAAGACACCAUUGAAGGACCACAGAUUGCCCAAAGACAGAUUGCCACACCUAGUAAUACUGGAUUAGUAGUCCCCCAAAACACUGGAAUAAUCUCGUCAAUAGGCAAUGUGGAGUCCCCCUCCACCCUUUCGUUAGAAUUCAAACUUAACAUACAGUUUGGUCAGACAAAGGCACCUGUUUCCCCACCACCUACGACAGAGAAAGCAGAACCCGUCAAACAGACAGACGUGUCAGAGGUCGGAGUUCAGGCAGUAGAGGAAGUAGAACCCAUACGGCAAACAAAUCCAGUUGAGAACCACAAACAGACAGAACUAACUGAGACUGCUACUCAGGCAACAGAAAUCACGAGGACAGCAGAAACCUUACAUUUAGCAGAGAUCACAAAUCCUCCAGUCCUGUUGGAUGUUGGCAUCCAAGCAAUGGAAAAAGUAGAACCAGUGGAAGAAACCAAAUCAACAGAGAGUGUAAUCCCCAACCUCCAGGUAUCAGAAACAACAGAAACAAUAAGGAAAACAGAGGAAGUUUGUGACCAAGAAGUAACAGAAGAGGAACCUGUUAAACAAAUAGAGGAGGAAUCUGAACAGGAUGUGUGGAUGGAUGCCGAGGAAAACAUUGAAGAGGAAACAGAGGUGUCCCCUCUUGAGGAAUCCCCGGAACGUGAAAAAGACGGUGACCAAGAAGAAAAGUUAGAACUCGAACAUGAGUUUGAAACGCCUCCUAGUUCCAAUACGGAGGCAGAAGAAAGUCAACAAGAAGUGCAAAAAACAGAAGGAACAUGUGAAGUUGAGAGUGAAGGUGAAGAUUUUUCUGUUGCACUGGAGGACCCUGAAACUGCAACUGUAAGCGACGCCAAGAUGGAGUGGGAUUAA